GCGGCUGUUCUCGUGGACAAGCGUGCGAUUUCUCAAUGCGAUUGACAUUAUAGCUCUUCAGAUUUCCGUUUAAGAGAUAUAAAAGAGACAAAAUGGCCGAGCUGUCGAUGGGUAAAGGGGUUUCGGCAGGAAAAAUAGCCAGUAACGUACAGAAAAAAAUAACCAGGGCUCAAGAAAAGGUUCUGCAGAAGCUUGGCAAGGCAGACGAGACCAAAGACCUUGCAUUUGAAGAAGGAGUGAUUAACUUUAACAAGCAGCUAGCUGAGGGCACCAAACUGCAGAAAGACCUGCGGGCUUAUUUGGCCGCUGUGAAAGCGAUGCACGAGUCCUCCAAACGUGUGCAGGAGUGCCUAGUUGAUAUGUACGAACCGGAGUGGUACGGCAAAGAUGAAAUGGACUCCGUUGCAGAGGAUUCCGACCUUCUGUGGACAGAUUUUCACCAAAAACUCGUGGAUCAUGCUUUAAUCUCCAUGGACACUUAUUUGGGCCAAUUUCCUGAUAUUAAGGCUCGAAUAGCGAAGCGUGACCGAAAGCUGGUGGACUACGACAGUGCCCGCCACACCUACGCUGCAGUGAACAAGGGCAAGAAGAAGGACGGAGGGAUUAAAAUGUCCAAGCCUCCGUCUUUGUUGGAGCGGGCCACUCCGGGAUGGGCACAAGGAAUUCUCUCUGCUCAUAAUGUCGCUCAGACCAACCUGACCAGGUGUCAGGCGGAAGAAGAGUUGGAGAGGGCACAGAAGGUUUUUGAAGAUAUAAAUGUAGAUCUUCAAGAGGAGCUGCCAUCUCUUUGGAACAGUCGUGUUGGUUUCUAUGUGAACACCUUCCAGAGCGUGGCUGGUCUGGAGGAGAAGUUUCACAGAGAAAUUGGAAAGCUGAGCCAAAAUAUGCAUGAUACACUGGUGAAACUGGAGAAUCAAGACAUGUCCAGUGACCAAAGCCAAGAUACCAAUCACACCCUGAGUCCAGCAGUACCAGCUAUCCCGAAAUCUCCAUCAAAGCUGAAACCUGCAGUUCCUCCACCACCUAAAGUCACUCCAUCCAAGGACCUGAAGCAGAAUAACAUUAUUAACCUGUUCGAUGAGGCUUCUGCUGUCAGCAUUAGUGUUACGUCUCCUACACAAUUUGAUGCUCCAGUCACUAGUAAUCUUUUGGACAUGGACCUGGAUGCACUGCAGGCAGCCACCACACCGGCAGCCACUGUUUCAGCACCACAGAACUGGGAUUCAUGGGAGGUAAAUGAAAGCUACACUGAAGCAGCCAAGUCAUGGGAUGAUGAUAGCAGUCAGCCUGUGUGUACUGCCCAGCCUGUUUAUCCUACCUGGGAUGAUGAUGAUGGCAGCCAACCAGUACAUGCUCCAGCUGCAGAGCCCACUUGGGAUGAUGGGUCCCAGUCGGUGAAGGCUGAGGGUUGGCAAAGUGAUGGGGCUCAGGCAGCAGAAAGUGCAGCUACCACAGAACAGCCAGCAUCAACAGUGGAAACAACUAAUGAGAGCACGGAGGUAGAAAUGCCACCAAGCUUCCUGUACAAAGUCCAAGCGAUGCAUGAUUAUGCUGCCAAUGACUCAGAUGAGCUGGAGAUGAAGGCAGGAGAUGUGGUGCUUGUAGUGACGUAUGAUAACCCAGAGGAACAGGAUGACGGUUGGUUAAUGGGAGUAAAAGAGGCUGACUGGGUUCAGAUGAAGGAUCUCAGCAAAAAAGGAGUGUUUCCUGAGAACUUCACACGGAAGAUGUAAAAGCCAGGAUAUGACUUUCGCCAUUUGUUCUUUUCGUGAUUCCUUUUUUCGUCUUUACACUUCUGGAUGCUCAUUGAGAAGGGAAAUAUGCGAAUUGUCACUGCAGCGACGCAGGCAGCCCACUUCGGCACAUGGGACUCGAAUAUACAGAGGGGUUGUCAGACUUUGUCAGUAUACUGGACUUUUGUGUUGUGAUGUUGUACACAGCUAUAAGACAUAUAUGUCCCAGUCAGA